UCCCGUCACAACAACCCGAACCGCCAGUCAGCAGUCAACCGUGGACCGUGGAAAGAGGAAGGCGUCGCAUCUCUCCCCUGACGACCUUCUCCACGCCUGCCGCACACUCAGCCUGCAUCUUCGCCACACACACGUCCUGCGCCAUGGCCAUCCUGCAGCCUGUACAGCGUGUCCGCGGGGUCCUGCCGGUGAAACGAAGCCGUGUGAGGAGGAGUCUUGCCUUUAGCGGUGAAAUAGGUGAAGGAAACGCGAAAAAUAACAUUCAAUUCGCGGAAAAACUGUCGACCAUCAGCGUUGAGGAGUGCGCUAAAAGGUGGAAUUUCGACGUCAACAAAGGCGUUCCAAUAGCCGGGGGCCGCUUCUCCUGGUCCCUGAUUGACCCCAACACCCCCCUCGACCUGACCCCGCCCCCCGUGACCCCCGGAAGCGACGCAGGAGGUCAGAAAGGUCAAAGAAGUGAGGGUGAGGAUACCGGGGUCAAAUCCAGUGUCUGUGUUGGUGGUGAUGGUGCCGGGAUGAGGUCACGAGAUGAGGUCAUGGAGGGUCACAGCGAGGUCAAAGGUCAAGAAAAGGAGGAGGAAGGGAUGACCAAGGGAAAGAGGGAAGAGAGGAGAGGAGAAUAUGGAGGAAAGAGACGAAGAGAUGAAGAUGAGGAGGAUGCUGUUUUGUCUUCCUCCUCCUCCUCCUCCUCCUCCGCUGCCGUCACCGCAUCCGCCUCCUCCACCUCCUCCUCCUCCUCCACCUCCGCCUCCUCCCCUCUCAGACAGACAAGCAUCGCAGAUUAUACGCGAGAGAAGAAGAAGAGGAAGACCAACUCCACCACCACCACCACCUCCACCACCACCACCCCACAACCCCCCCACCAAAGUCCACACAAAAAGGUCCUACUUCAAAUUCGGGCUUGAAGUAGAGGAGGGGCGGGGAGGAAGAUGAGGAGGAAGAAUGGAUAAGAAGAGGAAGAAGAAGAUUAGUGGUGGUGUUAAGAGGAGGAGGAGGAGGAGGAGAAGUUGGAAGAUUAAAGGAAAGAAAAAGGAAGAGAAGGAUAUUUGUUGAAGAAAGAAUGAAGAGGAGGAGGAGGAGGAGGAGAAAUGUGGAUAAGAAAAGGAAGAAAGAGAAGAGAAAGGAGGAGUGUUGAAGGAAGGAAGAGGAGGAAGAAAAAGAGAAAAAAGUUGGAAGAAGAGAAAGAAAAGGA